AUGGCACAAGACAAAGAGACCCAAACCUUGCUGCCUCGAAGAAGUACUAUGGAGCCUCCUCCUCAUAAAUCCUUCGAGGUCGAAAAUCGUAAUCUUGAUCAAGAUUACUUGUCACAACAUGCGAAAAGAAGCGUUUUUGGGAAAAUUAACGUUGAUAAAACGUGGGUAGAAUGUAAGAAACUGUGGGAGAUUGCUGCCCCUGCGGUUCUUACAAUUGUCGCGCAAUUUUCGAUCGGAUUCGUGACGAUUGCGUUUGUGGGGCAUCUUGGGGAGGUUGAACUUGCUGCUGUUUCGGUUGUACAGAACGUGCUCGAGGGCUUUGUGUACGGUAUAAUGCUAGGAAUGGGAAGUGCCCUCGAAACACUAGCCGGACAAGCCGUCGGCUCCGGUCAACUCAACAUGCUCGGAAUCUACAUGCAAAGAUCGUGCAUUAUUACACUAACCACAGCCUUAUUCUUAACUCCUCUCUACAUUUUCACAACACCGAUACUAAACAUCCUCAGACAGGACAAGAAAAUCUCGGUUCUUGCCGGAAAAUACGCGCUUUGGGUCACCCCUCAGUUAUUCGCGUACUCGUUAAAUUUUCCGGUGCAAAAAUUUCUUCAAGCCCAGAGCAAGAUUUGGGUCAUGACGAUAAUUUCAGUGCUCGUUUUGGGAUUUCACGUGCUUUUGAACUGGGUUUUAGUCGUGAGGCUCGAUAAGGGCCUGUUUGGGGCUGCGCUAGCUGAGAAUUUGUCUUGGUGGCUCGUCGUUUUGGCUCAAGUCGUUUAUGUGGUCGGUGGGUAUUUUCCCGAGUCGUGGACCGGUUUUUCUUUAUCGGCUUUUAGGUCACUUUUUGGCUUUGUGAAGUUAUCUCUUGCAUCGGCUGUCAUGCUAUGCUUGGAGUUAUGGUAUUACACUGUGGUGAUCCUUAUGGUUGGGUGGCUAAAGAACCCAGAAAUUGCAGUUGAUGCUAUAUCCAUUUGCAUGAACCUGGAACUCUGGACUUUGAUGAUUACCUUAGGUUUCAAUGCUGCAAUCAGUGUUCGUGUUUCGAACGAACUUGGCGCCAAUCGUCCUAAGGCAGCAAAGUUCUCUAUAGUUAUAGCUGUGGCUACAUCAACAUUGUUUGGCAUUGUUUUCCGCCACAACUUGACGAGGAGCAAGAACUACAAUCGCAAGGGGUUUGGGCAUAAGAAGGAGACUCUCGAGCAGAUGAGCCAGGAGUAUACGAGUGACAUUAUAAAGACAUUGAAGGAGAAUGGAUAUGAAUACACAUGGGGAAAUGUCACCGUGAAGCUUGCUGAAUCAUAUGGUUUCUGCUGGGGUGUGGAGCGUGCUGUCCAGAUUGCUUACGAAGCAAGAAAACAGUUCCCGACUGAGAAGAUCUGGAUCACCAAUGAAAUCAUUCACAACCCCACUGUUAAUCAGAGGCUCGAAGAGAUGGAAGUGAAAAAUAUUCCUUUAGACGACGGCAAGAAACAGUUUGAUGUUGUUGACAAGGGUGAUGUUGUGGUACUGCCUGCUUUUGGAGCUGCUGUGGAUGAGAUGUUAGUUUUGAGUGAAAAGAAUGUUCAAAUAGUUGAUACCACCUGCCCAUGGGUAUCUAAGGUUUGGAACACAGUUGAGAAGCACAAGAAGGGAGAUUAUACUUCGGUAAUCCAUGGUAAAUAUUCUCAUGAGGAGACUGUGGCUACUGCUUCUUUCGCAGGGAAGUACAUUAUCGUAAAGAACAUGAAAGAGGCAACAUAUGUAUGUGAUUACAUUUUGGGUGGUGGGCUUGAUGGAUCCAGCUCGACCAGAGAGGCCUUUUUGGAGAAAUUCAAAUAUGCAGUAUCUGAUGGAUUUGAUCCAGACAAAGAUCUUGUCAAAGUUGGUAUUGCAAAUCAAACUACUAUGUUGAAAGGGGAAACUGAGGAAAUUGGAAAAUUACUUGAACGGACCGUGAUGCAAAAGUUUGGAGUUGAAAAUAUUAACAAUCACUUCAUAAGUUUCAAUACUAUUUGUGAUGCUACUCAAGAACGGCAAGAUGCUAUGUAUAAACUGGUCGAGGAAAAACUAGAUCUCAUGCUUGUUGUUGGUGGUUGGAACUCGAGCAAUACUUCACAUUUGCAAGAAAUUGCUGAGGAUCGUGGGAUUCCUUCAUAUUGGAUUGACAGCGAGAAAAGGAUAGGCCCCGGAAAUAAAAUUUCUUACAAGUUGAUGCAUGGUGAGUUGGUGGAGAAGGAGAACUGGCUACCGGAGGGUCCCGUCAGAAUCGGGAUUACAUCUGGUGCAUCUACACCUGAUAAGGUUGUUGAAGAUGUUCUUGCAAGAGUCUUCGACAUAAAGCGUGAAGAAUUACUGCAAGUGGCAUAA